GAGCGGCCAUUCAGGUGCACCCAGGACAACUGCGGGAAAACCUUCACCCGCAACGAGGAGCUAACCCGACACAGACGAAUCCAUUCCGGCCUGCGCCCAUACGCCUGCCCAUGCUGUGGGAAGCGAUUCGGGCGCAAGGACCACCUCAAGAAGCAUUCCCGCACCCAUCAACAAUCAACCCCUCAUCUGACCCAGUCCCUGACACCCGCGUCUCAAUCCAUGUCCAUGUCCAUGUCGCUGCCAGCGUCAGUGGUGCCACCGGGCGCUGUGCCGCUCGCCCUCGCCACUGCAGCAGGCGACGAAUUCGUCAAGCACCUGAUGGCGUUGGGUGCUGCAGCGGCGGUGCUGCCUUCUGGUGCUGGUGGUGGUGGCGGUGGUGGUGGAGGAGGAGGAGGAGUUGGUGGUGGGUUGCACCAUGGCCCGGUGUUUCCGAUCCCGCCCAUGUUUGCAGCGGGUGCCGCGUCAUUCCCGGCGCUGUUGGCGCAUCAUCACCACCACCAC